AUGCUUAAAUCAGUUUUGGGAAAGACAAACACAACUAUCAAACACAUCAGAAUGGUCCACAACAAAGUCACAAUUAUAGGUUCUGGCCCUGCCGCCCAUACUGCAGCAAUUUACCUUGCAAGAGCAGAAAUGAAUCCAGUAUUAUACGAGGGUAUGAUGGCUAAUGGAAUUGCCGCUGGAGGCCAACUGACCACCACAACGGAAGUCGAGAACUUCCCAGGAUUUCCUGAGGGAAUAACCGGUUCUGAGUUAAUGGACAAAAUGAGAGCCCAAUCUGAAAAAUUCGGCACUAAGAUCAUCACCGAAACAAUUUCCAAAGUUGACUUUUCAUCCAGACCUUUUAAGUUAUGGACUGAAUUUUUUGAAGAUGACGAACCAAUCACCACUGAUGCCGUUGUUAUUGCGACUGGUGCUUCUGCUAAGAGACUAAACUUACCUGGUGAGGAAACUUACUGGCAACAGGGUAUUUCUGCGUGUGCUGUCUGUGACGGUGCCGUUCCAAUCUUCAGAAACAAGCCUUUGGCUGUUGUAGGUGGUGGUGAUUCUGCAUGUGAAGAAGCCCUCUUUUUAACCAAGUUUGGCUCUAAAGUUUAUAUGAUUGUUAGAAAAGACCACCUGAGAGCAUCUGCUGUUAUGCAAAAGAGAGUUGAAAAGAACGAAAAGUUAGAAAUUUUGUACAAUACCGUUUCGUUAGAAGCUAAGGGUGAUGGUAAAUUCUUAACACACUUGGCUAUUAAAAAUGUAAAGACUGACGAGGUUAAAGACCUACCGGUUAGCGGUCUUUUCUAUGCUAUUGGUCAUACCCCAGCAACUAAAAUCUUUGAAGGCCAAUUAGAUACUCAUGAAAACGGCUACUUGAAGACAAAGCCAGGUACUGCUUCCACAUCCGUUGAAGGUGUAUAUGCAGCUGGUGAUGUUCAAGACUCCAAGUAUAGACAGGCAAUCACCUCCGCAGGUACCGGUUGUAUGGCCGCUUUAGAAGCUGAAGCUUUCCUUGCUUCUAUGGAGUAG